AUGUCAUCAGGGCCGGUACUUAAUAAUAACUCUAAACCUCUUCCAGUGGUACGAAGCUGCUCUUAUAAUUAUUACUAUGCGAAUAACGUUAAUGACUUCAAACCCUACUCCAGUGUGACUCGUGCUUCUCUCGAAAGGUGUGAAUUGAGCUUCGUCCGUUGUGAUAGAGGCAACCCAUGUGGCAACUGCCAGGAUAACAAUGCCAUAUGCUCCCGUCUGCGAGUCACAAAGCGAACCAGAAACACCAAUCAGCUGGCAGUGAUAGAAAACAGAGAUCGAAUACGUUCAAAAUCACCCCAAGCAACCCCAAACCCUCAAUAUCCGCAAAAUCUAUCACCAGAAAUGCACGGUCAUUCUGCAACCACGUCCAAUGGAUAUCCCAGGCUGGACUAUCAACAGUCUCGGGGGGCAUCUCCGGGUUACGAUAAGCCUCUCUCGCUUCAUGAUGCUCAUGCCACCAUUCAGUAUCACCUAGACCAUUUGGAAUGGCUCACUAUCAAUCGCCGCCAGAUCUUGGAAUCGGGGUUGAGGCUGGCUUCUCAACUCUCAGAUAGUUUUGAAGACCCUGUGCACGUUGCUAGUGACAUCGUUGUCAAUGAAGUGCAAAUAAGAACCCCUUCUUUUGAAUUAUUAGCCUGGAUGUUAAAAGACAUCAAGGAGGCAAGCUUGGGCCCAUUUGUUAGGGAUUACUUCAGACAUAUAUCUGAAGCAACACUCAAGCAAAUGGGACUUACUCUCCUUCAUAGGACUGGAUCGCCUCACGACUUGCUCAUCAGCACUGUUUGUGUCAAUUCCAUGGCUUCCAAGUUUCUGACUGCCAUCACCAACACUGGAAUCGACAGUGAACUGAUCCACGAAAUGACACAUACCGUAGUACAAUUCGAGGCGGCAGCAAAAGUAGCUCUUCGGAGCAUCUCUCUCUUAACGAGUCCCUCUCUCGAACUCUUACAGGCACUUCUUUCCGGUAUAUUCAUCCAUCAAGGAUCCGGUGACAUCACUGUAUGCUGGGAACUUACCAAAGCUGCCUGCAGGGUGUGUAUAAGCCUAGGUCUUGACACUAUCAUGAAAACAGGAGGCGCUGUGAGUGAAGAGCAGUAUUACUGUGUCGCUUGGUGCUAUAUACUUGAUAAGAAUUUUGCUUUCAAGAUGGGAAAAUCCAAGCCUUUACUUGAUAUUGAAAUUGGACACUUCACUUCUAACCUAUCCAACCAUCAGCACUCCACCUCGGACCUCUUUCAAAUUUACAUGAGUCUUGCUGGAGUACAGGCUGCUGUCGUGCCGUACCUUAUGAGGCGCUCAUCGACGUUGACAGGUGGUUUAUCAUCUUCCCAUGGAAUCUGGCAACAUUGGUUGGCGAAUAUGCGACAAAUUCAAGAGAGGAUCGAGCGAAUCUUGGGUCCAUAUCCGGCCUGGAAAGGGCUAGAUGCUCAAUCUGAAACAUCAGCUCUUCGAUUCGCCUAUCAUUCAGUUAUGACCACCAUUUUCCAUAUCACCGAAGGUACAGGAUACCAGUCCGUUGAUAUACGGAAACAGUGUUUGCUAGAAGCCCACCAGGGCAUAUCUUCAUUAGUGUCGAUAUGUAUAUCUGCUGAAAGGCAAAGCACGGUGGCCUUGUUGCACUGGACACUUCUCGUCUACCCUAUCACCGCAUACUUCGUGCUAUUCUGUAAUGUCGUCGCAACAUCAGAUACUGAUGACUUCAAACUCAUAACAACGAUUGCCAAUUGCUUGACUCGCAUUGAAACAACAAGCCGUCCAAUUAUUCAAGCACGGACGAUCUUCUGCCACUUUUUAUCUCUUUCUGGGGGAGUUUUCGACGAGAAACCAAAUGCAAUGGUGAUAACUCGAGAUCACCAAGUACAGCCAGUACAGUCUCACUCAAAUGCAUUGCAACCUUGGGUGUCUGACGGCUUAUUUCUAUCUUCAACCGCUGACGCCAUUCCCCUUUUUGCCCCAUCCCUACUGGCUGAAAUGGAUGAUUUCUCUGAGAUGUUGCCCAUUUUUCCGGAUAAUGAGAUGUUUACACCCUUUAGCGAUGAUUUUCCUGAUCUUGGAAAUGAUCCUAGCAUCUGA